UCCCGGCACGGGUUUUUGGUUCUUCGCAAACGCAUUUUUCUCGGCGAUUUUUGGCUACUCUACCGCUCAUAAGUACCAGGAUUUCAUAGAGCGGCGUAAAAUGGAAGCGCACGCAAUCGCCCGUCCCGAUCCGGUGUUGAUGAAAAUAGACUCUCCCGAAUUCCACUCCAUCUUCACGCAGGAACUGAAGGAUUUAAUCGCCUUAUUUAAGCGGUACAACUAUGAAAUUCGUAUAGCCGGAGGAGCGGUAAGAGACAUCCUGAUGAAUAUCAAUCCGAAGGAUGUCGAUAUUGCCACCACGGCAACGCCAACUCAGAUGAAGGAUAUAUUUACAACGGAAAACAUACGGAUGGUUAACAUGAACGGCGAAAAACAUGGAACCAUUACGCCGCGGAUUAACGACAAGGAGUGCUUCGAGAUAACGACCUUACGUCUCGAUGUCGUCACCGAUGGACGCCACGCUGAGGUUGUGCAUACCACAGAUUGGUUGUUGGAUGCGAAUAGGAGAGACCUCACCAUAAACUCCAUGUUCCUCGGAUUCGAUGGAACGCUAUAUGAUUACUUCUACGGAUACGAAGAUCUCCAGAAACGGCGCGUAGCAUUUGUGGGAGAUCCAGACACGCGCAUCAAAGAGGAUUACCUCCGUAUCCUUCGCUAUUUUCGAUUCUACGGGCGGAUAGCAGAGUGCGCUAACCGACACGAUGCCGAAACAUUGCGCAUCAUCACCAAUAAUGCAACUGGGCUUGCAAAAAUCAGUGGCGAAAGGAUUUGGCAAGAGUGGAAAAAGAUUCUUACCGGUAACUUCGGUACCGAGUUAACCACCGAGAUGAUCAAAUGCAAUCUAGCGGUGCAUUGUGGCCUACCAGAGUCACCAAAUGUAGACGAAUUCAUGCGUGUGUCUAAGAACGUGCGUGCCUUUUCCGGUAAGCUAGAACCAAUGACACUCGUGGCCGCACUGCUUCACACACAGGACGAUGCCAUUAAGCUGAACAGUCGAUUGAGGUUGACCGUCUUCGAACGAGAGCUAAUCUACUUUAUUACACAAAAUCGGGAAGAAGCUGCUUCCAUUGAUGAGCUACUCCCCUUUCAACAACUAUGUCUACGAACGAUCGGAAACGCAAAGCUCAAGAAAGAGUACGUGUUGGAACUUCUGAAGUAUCUCGGUAAGCGUGAUUUGCACCGUAAACUGUCCGAAUGGCCGUUGCCCGUGUUUCCCGUGAAAGGACACGUCCUGAUAGCAAAGGGGGCCCCGAAAGGUCCGAAGCUUGGUUUAGUGAUGGAUCGGUUGAAGGUGAUAUGGUCCACCAACGAGUACAAUAUGUCCGAGGAGGAAAUAUUGAACCAUCUACCUGCAGUGCUAGAAGAAAUGGAAAAAUCCAAAUAGACUCCUGAACACCAUUACUGAGCUGAUGUUAAUAUUUAUUUGAGUUCGCCAGCAUGAUAAAAGAAUAAUUAA